AUGUCUUCAGCUCCUCAUAUUGGUCCCUGGAGAACUCCAGCUGAGGGCCAUCUCACUCCUGAUGUCAAUGGAGACCCUCAGACCGACUACUCGCGCUGGCGAUUGGUCGAUGAAGAAGGCCGUCAAACAUGGCGGUAUCUCGAAUCUGAUACCGAAAAUCAAGAAUGGCCUCAGUCAAUAGCUGAUAAAUACCACUUGGGACUGCCGACAGGUCUUCCAGAACUACCAGAGGCCAAAACGCCAUUGGAUGCUGCAGAGAACGGAUUGUCUUUCUUCUCACACCUUCAACUCGAACCUGGUAACUGGGCUUGCGAGUACGGUGGUCCAAUGUUUUUGUUGCCUGGUAUCUUGAUCACUUACUAUGUGACCAAAACCCCCAUUCCUCCUGAGUAUGCGACUGAGAUCAAGCGUUAUUUGUUUGCUCGUCAGCACCCAGAAGAUGGUGGAUGGGGUCUGCAUAUUGAAGGUCACAGCUCCACCUUCGGUACAUCUAUGAACUACGUGGCACUGCGCUUGAUCGGCGUCAAUGAGGAUGACCCGCGCAUGAUCAAAGCUCGAGGUCUUCUGCACAAGUUCGGAGGUGCCAUAUACGGACCUCAUUGGGCCAAAUUCUGGCUCAGUAUCCUAGGUGUGAUGAAGUGGGAGGGUGUCAACCCGGUCCCUCCUGAGCUUUGGCUUCUUCCCGAUUGGGUUCCUUUCGCCCCUUGGCGGUGGUGGUGCCACAUGCGCCAGGUGUUCCUUCCAAUGUCAUACUUGUGGUCCAAGCAGUGGUCUCAUCCUCUGGAUGAUCUGACGAAGCAGAUUAGAGAAGAGAUAUACACCCAGCCGUACGAUUCUGUUGAUUUUGCUGCAAAUCGCAAUUCCAUUCACGAAACUGACAACUAUUAUCCAAAAACUUGGUUGUUGAAUGGGAUCAAUGAACUAUUGGUUCGCGUCUGGAACCCUUACCUUCGACUCCCCAGCAUUGUCAAGCGGGCUGAAGAUUGGACUUGGGAGCUGAUUCGCAUGGAAGACGAGAACACGAAAUACGCGGGGCUGGGACCCGUCAACAAUCCUAUGAACAUGGUUGCCUGCUUCAUCCACGAUGGCCCUGACAGCUAUUCUGUCCGCCAACACCGAGAGCGCUUGAACGACUACAUGUGGGUGAAGGGUGAGGGUAUGCUCGCGAACGGCACCAACGGUGUGCAAGUGUGGGACACAGCAUUCAUCACCCAGGCAAUUGUCGUCGCUGGCUUCGCUGACGAGCCCAAGUGGCGACCCAUGUUGACAAAGGCUCUGGAAUUCCUCGACGCUCAUCAACUACGAGAGAACGUGCCAGACCAGGAGAAAUGCUACCGCCAGCACCGCAAGGGUGCCUGGCCAUUCAGCACCAGGGACCAAGGCUACACAGUCAGCGACUGCACUGCCGAAGGUCUCCGGUCAACCCUCCAACUGCAAGAGAUGCACAACUUCCCAAAGCUCAUUCCCGAGCAACGACUCAAAGACGCCGUCGACUGUCUCCUGCUAAUGCAAAACCCAAGCGGCGGUUUCUCAGAGUACGAGAUCACGCGCGCCUCACCCAAGGUUGAGUGGCUCAACGCCGCCGAAGUCUUCGGCGGAAUCAUGAUCAGCUACGACCACCCAGAAUGCACAACCGCCUCCGUAACGGCCCUCUCACUCUUCAGCAAAUUCUACCCCAAGUACCGCGCCUCAGAAAUCCAGGACGCAAAAAAGAAAGCCGUCGCACACAUCAAGCACGUCCAGCGCGCCGACGGCAGCUGGUACGGCUCGUGGGGUAUCUGCUUUACGUACGCCGCGCUCUUCGCGCUGGAAAGUCUAGCCAGUAUCGGCGAGACGUACGAAACAAGCGCAGACUCUCGUCGCGGCUGUGACUUCCUGAUCGAGAAGCAACAGGCCGAUGGUGGUUGGGGCGAGUCGUAUCUCAGUUGUGCGACUCACCAAUAUGUUCAGCAUGAGACGUCGCAGGUUUGCCAGACUGCCUGGGCUUUGCUCGGACUUAUGGAGGCUGAGUAUCCGCACAAGGAGCCAUUGGAGCGGGGUAUUCGGUUGUUGAUGCAGAGGCAGCAACGGAAUGGAGAGUGGUUGCAGGAGGCGAUUGAGGGGGUUUUCAAUCAGUCUUGCAUGAUCUCCUAUCCUAACUACAAGUUUUACUGGCCUAUUCGGGCUUUGGGCUUGUAUAGUCGGAAGUUUGGGAAUGCGGAGCUUUCGUAG